ACACCUCUCUCUCUCUCACUUUCCCUUUCCUUCAACCUCCUCCAUCACGCCCCUGGCGCGCGUGUUCUUUUCACUAUCCGAUCACCCUCUUGCCUCUUAACAGUUCAACAUUCUACUCACUUAAAUUAUCUCCCAAUUCUUUCCACCGGAGAACUCUCCGUCGACUCUCUCCUAUCAUGUCCUCGGCUAUCUCUCAACCGGGAAUUACCGAACUCAGUGACGAGUCCGAUUUCCAUAGCGUUCUCUCUCCCUCCGGUCUCAUCUCCAUUUGUGGCUUCGGUUCUCUCCUCUCCGGCACAAAGAAGCGCAAGAAGCACAUUUCCUGAUCUGGUAAAUUUCAGAGUUGCGAGAUUGAACGGAUUCCGGCGCGUGUUCGCUCAUGUGGCGCCCGUUUUCUUCGAACGUGGCAUCGCUAAGCCUGAAACUAAGGAGAUUUCGAGCUUGAGUGUGGAGCCUUGCGAGUGGGAAACUCUUAUAGUUACAGUUUUUGAGAUUGAUAAAUCAGAGAUCCCUGCUUUUAUGGAAAGGGAGCUUGAGUUUCGAUUUUUAGCUGUUAUGCCUCAAACACUUGAUUGCAAGCCAUUUGAUAGUCCAGCGGUGCUUUGUGCUCGUUACAGUGAUGAGGAAUUUUUCCAAAUUAGAUGCAAAGGGAGCAAGGAGAUUUAUUUUCAGCAUUAUGGAAGGUUUAACAUCCACAAGAUCUGGAGAGAUGAUAUCUUACCUUGUCGUACUUAUCUUCGGCACUGUGUAUUGGCAGCAAAGAAUCUGGGCAGUGUAGCUCAUGACAACUUUUUGGAUCAUACUUUCCUUGGAGAUCGUAAAACAACCAUCCAUGAGUAUCUAGCAACAACUGGUGCAGGUAUAAUGGAAGAAGAGCCCCCAGAAUCCCUUAAGACCCGAUAUGGUGGCUGAUAUCAAAACUUGCCCAGCCGUACAUUGAAGGGUAGUGGUGUUUCAAGACAGGCUGCUUCGAUCUUGUUUUCCCCAUUGAUCAGGGAUGGGGCUAAUGAAAACCGUUUUCAUGUUCUAGAAGAGUGAUGAUUGGAAGGCUCCUAGUAGGGAGAGUGAGCUUUUUUACUUUAUAAAAUUAAAGCAAGAAUUUAUUGCAAUAAAACAAAACAUGGUCAGUUGUCAUCCUUCAUGAAUGCAUUCCAUCCUUAGCAUA